GAUCGAGAGAGUACACACAUGCAUGCGCUAUGCAUGAUGGUGGUGGUGUACAGAGGAACGUUGGUGCACUGUGUCCAGUCUGAGAGAAUUGAGGUGCUGAGAGACCAUCUCAUUGGGUUCAAUGAACAGCAGAAUGGAGAGAUUGUUUUUGUGGAGCCAGCGUGCAAGGCUGAUGAGUUAGCUCAGGAGCACGGCUUCAGCUCCGACUCAGUUACAGUGCUGACAGAAAGUCAGUUCCUACUUCCGGGCUUAGUGGAUUCUCACACUCAUCCUGACCAUUACUUAAUUGCUGGUACUGGCUAUGACAAGCAGCUCCUGGAAUGGGUCAACGAUUACAUUGUACCCCUUGAAGCAAAGUUCAAAGAUGUGCAGCUUGCAAAAGAUGUCUAUCGCAAAGCAGUGCGUCGUUCAUUGCUUCAUGGGACCACUACUGCCAGUUAUUUUGCUACCAUUCAUCUUGAGUCGACAAAGGAACUUUGCAGGAUUGUGGACUGUUUUGGACAACGUGCAUUAAUUGGCAAGAUAAACAUCGAUGUACUGUCACCAGACUACACAGAAGAGAUUCAGGCAUCCAUUGAUGACACAAGAAAGUUUAUCAAAUUUGUACAGGAGAUGCAAAACCCCCUCAUCCAAGCCGUACUACUUCCAGCUGCUCUUUUUGCGUGCUCUCCCAAACUACUGAAGAUGCUAUCUCAAAUUGCAAAGGAGCACAGUCUACACAUACAUAGUCACAUCUGCGAACAAAAGGCUUCAAUACAGCAGUCCCUUGAACUUCAUCCUGAAUAUAAUGCUUGUUCCACUGCCUUUAAUUCAUAUGGCCUCUUAACAGCUAAGACGUACAUGGCUCACUGUGUAUAUCUGGAGGAGUCCGACAUGCAGCUCUUCAAACAGAAGGGGGUGGGCGUGGUACACUGUCCCAACUCAAACCUCUGUCUUCGCAGUGGUCUGCUGGAUGCAAGGAAGAUGCUUGACAUGGGUCUGAAGAUUGGGCUGGGAACAGAUGUGUCUGGAGGGUACUCCUUGUCCGUUCUAGAUGCCCUGAGGAAGUCCAUAGAUGUCUCCAAGGCACUCUCCUUCAGCAAACAGGACGACUAUCGACCAAUCACACAUCACGAGGCCCUCUACAUGGCAACACUGGGAGGGGCUAAAGCUACAGCAGAUGACGUAUUCAACUAGUGCACAAAGAACUGAUUAAGUACACAGCAAAUCAGUUCGUAAUUUCUCUAUUUGGAGUUGAUUUGGAGAGCGUAAUGAGGAGGGUUGGGGAUCAUAUUCAGGUGGUAUGGGACGACUCUUAAUCUUAGUGUGAAGAAACUCUUCUGGAAUUUAGUUCUAAAACAGGAAUGCAUGCAUGGGAUCAAUUCUUCGUGGUCUGGGUUGGUUCCAUUCUUGAGUAUAUACAUACACGUUAGGAACUCGGGUGAUUUACACCUGAUUUGCUGAACUCAACUCCACUAAAGCAUGCAUGACAGGGUUCCUACAUGCUUACAACUUAGGACACCCACAUUCAUACCAUGACAAAUCAAGUGAAAUUAGCACCUUAUAACAUUUCUAGUAAACAGAGUAGUGGAAUCUGAGGAUCCAACUUCAGUUCUCUGAACAUGACCACAAUCAAAUAGGUAACUUGUUUAUUGACUAAAAUCCCCGGCUGGUAGUUCAUCAUUUACUGUUUUACAAAAAAGUAGGUCACCAACUGAGCAUUCAUGAAAGAAGGGACAUCAUCAAUUUUAUGUCCUUCCACAAAUGGUCAGUUUUCAUGCACCAUUGCAUUGUGGCUUGUACUGGCAUCAGAUAUUGGUAAGUCAGGAUUUAUAAGGUUGUCAACCCAACAAAUGUAUGACUCGAUCCUGCAUGUACAAAGCAUGCAAGGCUAUUAAUCAAUCCAUUGCGAGUAGCUAUUAUAUUAGUAGCAUAUUAAUACUGGUACAAUGAUUACGGCUAGAUGGAUAUCGGGAUACAUGCAUUCUUACCUUAGGACACCAGGUCUCAUUUUUGCCUCUGACUGAAGCAUCUCUAUAUACACAAGAGCCAACGCUUUAAUUUUGGAACUUUAAGCAAGCCAGGGUCUCUACCAUUGAGAGAUGCCCCUGGAAUGUAAUUUUCUAGCAGAGGUAGAGAUACCAUGCACAAGAUAGAUUAUACCGUAUAGCGAGUAAUUUUCAUUGGUGCAAAUUUUCUUGUAAACUAGAUCUACCCAUUUAAAAAUGUGUACAGCUCAGGAUAGUGACAUUGAAUCUAUUGUGUAUUUUCAUACCCGGGCUAUAUGGUAUUGCACUUGACCGUAUAUUUCAGUAUUCUAAUUGAUGCUAAACUCGCAAGCAACAGUCGACUAGUUAAACUCCAUGUAGAGACUCGUGUUGCACAGUCAGCAUAUCAGAUAAGAGGCUGUGGUUUUCGUGAUGUCAGUCUACUGCACGUGAUACUUAGAUUUAGCCUUAGUUUUCUAGUGCUACGUCACUAUCAAUGAUCUUGUGGUAACCACACGCAUUCAGUCUAGCUACUUUAGUUGCUGCAAGCUAGUAAUUAUCGUGACAAAUGUUCCACAAAUCACUACACGGUGUUUACCAGUCUACUGUUUGCCAUGCAACAGUGUGAGUCUACAUUAUUGCAUGAUUAUGAAAUUCCCCUAUUAUUGUCGGAAUUAUACGAAUGAGGGUUUAUAAUUCUUUUUUC